AUGUCGUCAUCUCGUGUCGGUCUUCGCUUCUUCGCCAAUUCGCGCGCGGCCUUUCGCAACAACUUUCGCCAAAAGGGCUUCCGAUUCCAGAGCACCGAUGCCAGCGCUGCCGCUGCUGAGCAGCAGUCCACUUUCCAGAAGCUGUGGAACAGCCCUGUUGGCGUGAAGACUGUUCAUUUCUGGGCCCCCGUUAUGAAAUGGAGUCUCGUUAUCGCAGGCAUUUCCGAUCUUGCUCGUCCCGCCGAAAAGCUCUCCUUGACUCAGAAUCUUGCUCUCCUGGCCACCGGCACAAUCUGGACGCGGUGGUGUUUCGUCAUCUCGCCCCGCAACAUCCUCCACAGCCUUGCCACCGUCAACUUCUUCCUCGCUUGCACCGGUCUUGCUCAGGUCACAAGGAUAUUCCUCUGGCGCCGUAGCCAGUCCGGAUCAGUCACCGAGGCCACCAAGGAGAUGGCCGAGGACUCUGUUGUGGGUGCCAAGGGUGUUGUCGAGGCUGCAGAGAAGAAGAUCAAGCCGUCCGCUUGA